ACACAUUGACAACCCACAUUCGGAUGUGAAGCCUCAUCCGACUGGUCUUGACGGGCUACGAACAUUGGCUUGUAGCGUUUGUAAGAUCAACAUUUUCAGACGCGAGAUCUAUUGCUUCCUUUUUGUUUUGACAAUCAUGGCAGAGAAGUUUAUUGAAGCUCUGUCGGAUCAUGUCGAAUGUGGGAUCUGCAGUUGUCCGUAUGAAAGUGCCAAAUACCUGGAUUGUUUGCAUACAUUUUGUGAAGGCUGCAUCAAUCGCCUUCUCGAUCAGACGAAUCAAGUUUGGAACGGCCCGAGCGUAUGCAUCAGGUGUCCCAUAUGCCGCAAGGUUACACGUUUCCAAGCCGGGCGUAAAGCCGACACAUUGAAGUCGAAUUUCAUAGUGAACGGAAUAGUUGAAGAACUUUUGCAUCAUGACCUCCAUGCAGAACCAGUCGUUGAGCAGAAGGAAGACGUUUGUGCGGACCAUGGCAUCGACAGGAAGUUCUACUGUGAGAAAUGCAACAAAAUAAUCUGCAGUGAAUGUGCUCUGUGUAAACAUCAUGGACACACCUUCUUGAUCAAGAACGUGGAAGAGGCAUCUAAAUCCAAGGCGCAUGAAAUCAAUAAGCUGAUAUCCAAUGCAACGUCUUGGCUGCAAUCCCAUAGGAAUUUCAGUAAGGAAUACGGGGAGAAGAGAGCAGAAGGAAAUAAGAGGUUGGACGAAAUAAAGGAGGCUAUUACAACGUCUUAUUCGAAUAACCUUGACACCAUAACCAAUAAACUAGAAGCUAAGAAGGAGACCCUAAUGGCAGAGGUGGCUACCAGAAGAGAGGAAUUCGUCAAUGUUUUAGAUAGUGUAUUGGUACCACUAGCGGAAACCAUGUCACAGGUUCUUGAUGACGUCAAAUUUGGCGAAGCUUUGGUAGACAGCAACGACCACCGGGAAAUACUGCUCAAUUACCAGGACUGGAUGAAGAGCCUAUGUACCCGGUUGGACUACGGACUUCCUUCUAGUACUGCGGCGAAGAAACAGAUUUCAUUGAUUGAGUCGAUGUGCUUCCGAAGGUGCGCUAAUUCAAUCAUUGAUGUGCCUAAGUUGGGUACCGUUAGGUAUCAGAAGAAGGAUCAACACGACAAACAUGCACAAGGAGAAUCCAUUCUAAAUCCAGUGAAAAAACUUAACCGGCCGACGGAAAGACUUCUCCUGACCGCACGUGGGCAAUUAUCAGGUGAACCGGAAAUGAUGACACCUUACCCGAACGAAAGGAUCCUGGUGCUUUAUAAAGACAGACGGGUCGAGAUUCUCAGUCCUGAUGGCAAAAUCGACAACGUUAGACCAAUUGCGGCCAGGUAUGUAGCUGCUCUGUCGGAUGGCCGUAUCGUCACGCUGUCGGAGAGGAACGCGGUCAAUAUUUACAACCAACAAGGUCAAAGACAAGAAGUCAAGUUCCAGAUAAGCGAUUGCGAUGAAUUUGCAGAAUACAUAGCAACGGACGAGGACAAUCAUGUAUAUGUGCUCUAUCCUCGUGCCGCAAAGUUCUUAAAAUUUUCCACCAAGGGUGGUGAGCCUACGGCCGUCAUUCCCCUUGCUUCCGACGACUUGGGCGAUGUCUCUAGCAUGGGUUUGUCCAAGGAAGGAAAUGUGAUAUUGGUGUUGGGGGAAGGGGAGGUCCGAGUGUUCAGUCCUACAGGCCGUCUCAUUCGACGGAUACCUAUCAAGGAAGCGGAUAGAGUGUCUUGUGACCAAGAGGCAAGGCAAGCUGUGGAUAAUAGCUAA